CCUUGCCACCGUCGCACAACUGAAGGAAUUUUUCGUAGCGCCUGGUGAGUUCCCACCCGAGGAAUGUGUGUGUGCUCCGAUCCAAACCAAUCUUAACCGAAAAAGAAUACUUCAAUGAGUGUCUGGUAAAAAGAAAAGCGGUACUAAAGUUGAAAUAUGAAAGAAAACCCCUAGGUGUUUGUGUACCCCUAAAGGAUUCAUGUGAAAUAUACGCAGCAAGCCGACAACUGCGCAUGCCACAAAGCCCGGACUCCCGAACUCGCACCCCCGCCAAUCGAGGCCAGCAGAAAAGCUGAGGGAGGAAAAAAUUAGGAGGAACAGCAGGGGACACCUGCAGCAACACCUGCCCAGGAGCCAAGGAAAUGUUCAUUUAGGAGCCAGGGAUCCCAAGGAACUCUAGGAAGAAGGAGCUAAACGAUACUUUAAGCUGCCCCAAGAAACCAGAAGAAAUUUGGAGCUUUCUAUCAAGGGAACCUAUGCAAGAAAACGUACAAAAACCAAGGAACUCAAGUAAUUCAAAAUCAUUUAUUGAAUCUAAGAAACAGAAGGUAUCAAAGUUCUUAAAGAAACUUAAGGAAUUAUAAUAAUCAGUAACUUUGAGAAACUGAAGAAGCCAAAGGAACCUGAAGAAUUCACGGAACUUAACCAAUCCAAGGGAAUCAAGGAAGGUAUCAAAGUAUUUCCAGAAACCCAAAGAACCUGUACUACACAAUAAGUUCAAAGAAUCUAAGUAGAUAAAGGAAUCUGAAAAAAAAGAAGUAUUCAAGGAACUCAAGGAACCUUAGGAACCCCAAGGAACUCAACAAACCCUGGGACUCUAGGAGCUCAUAGUAAAGCCGGCUCCCUUAGCACAUAGCUCCCAAGAAUGGCGGCUGUGGUUCAUGGCUGCAGCAGUCCGCGGCAGCGAUCCUGCAAUGGCAGUAGUUCUCCGGGUGGUCACCAUGGCUCCACGCCCUCCUCCGCCUAUCCCACCAUGCCCAAGUAUUCGAGGACUGUCAGCCAGCAGCUGUACGCCACAACUCAGCAGUUUUUCGCCGGCGCAGGAGGGAUGCAGGAUGCGGGCUACGGCUAUGGGAUGUCAUCCUCCGGCGGACAGAGACCGCUCUCCGCCUCCGCGCUGCCGGAAACGGCGGCGGCCAGUCGCAACUAUUGGGGUCACCACAACGCCUUCUAUCACACGGGCGGCAGGCAUUACAGCAAGCGCAAGUCCGCCGUGGAGCUGCUGGCGGAGUCCAAGCCCUUCUACAUUAAAUCCGAGGCGGUUUUUGAGCGACUGCAGCAGGCGAGCUACCGCAAUGGAGGGGGCAACAAUGGAGCCAGCGGCAAGAGGGGACGCAGACCGGAGGAGCCGUCGUCCCAUGGGUAUCACCAUGACCUGGAGGACAGGCGGUACAUGAGCUUGAAUCUCAGUCGGCAGCAGCAGGUGCAACAGCAGGUGCAACAACAGCAGCAGCAGCAGCAACAGCAGUACCUGCACAACCACCAUCCCCACCCACACCAGCACCACCCGCACUCCCGUCACGCCCAAGGCCAAGGUCAAGGUCGAGUCGGGGGAGGAGGCGGGGUAGGGGGAGGCGGAGGAGCAGCCGUGAACAACAACCUCCUGCAGCACAAGCUGCGCAUGCUGCUGGGAUCGGAGUCGGGAAAGGAGCGCAACGGAGGAGGAGGAGCCACCUUGAGGCGCCACGAGAUGAACGACGGCAGUGCGGAGCUCCUGCCCACGGAUUACGGCGAGGAGGAGCUGGGCGGGCAGGCGGGCGCCCUCAGGAUCCCCCCGCCCCUCUACAUGCCCGCCCAUGGUUUCGGGCGGGACGGCGAGGAACCCCUCGUCCUCACCGAGAACUAUCGACCCAUCAGCCCGCCCGCCGAGUAUGCGGCCAAGUCGGGUCAGGCCCACAACGAUCGCUACAGAUACAACUACCAGCGAUCGUACUCGCAUUCGCACGAGGUUCCCAACACGGGGGAGGAUCGCAGUGCCCCCUAUCCAUCCGGCGACUUUAAUAUCAAUAGCCACAAGUCGCUGCCGGAUCUGCACACCCAGAUCAGUCGUCACUCCCCGCACAGCGAGAUCCUGAGCUGCUGCAGCCGGGGCAAUCGUUCGAUCAAAUCCGCCGGCGAGUCCUCGAUCAACCGUGAUUCCGGCGGAAGUUCCGGUCACUACACCCAUCGCAGUGAGCCGUGCUACAAGAGAGAGCGCCAAAGGGAUGCGGCCGGAAGUGGGGCUCCGGCGAGCGGAACAAUCAAAAACUGUUGCACCCUGGUGGCGGCCACCCGAAGGGACAGUGGUUCCUCCACCCAGCACAGUGCGAAUUCCUACUGUGGCUAUGUCACUCCGGCUGGGGAAUACUCGGGAAUGAGUGGAGGUCGCAACACGGAGUGUUUGGAUUGCCGUUGCAAACAGGACACCGGAAUGGGUUCCGAUUAUCUGCUCAACUUUACGCCCACUCCAGAGGUUCCGGAGGCCUUCCAGGACGACUACACACCCACUCCCCCAUCACCUAGGCUCAAGACCCAGACGCCCCGAUAUUCGAGCUCAUCCAGCCAGCAGCUGCACACCAGUUCCCAGGGCUACACGAGCAUCAAUCACUCGCAGAGCUCCCUGGUCCAGAGCCCCGGAUCAGCGCCCUCCGUGGACGACAUCAGUCCACCGCCCAUCCAGUUCAAAAGGCAGCGGUGCAUCCGCUUCAAGAACAGGAAUCGACUGCCAGUUCAAGGAGAAAUGGGAGGACCACCGGGAUCAGGAGGAGGCCUAGCACCCCCGGGAUCUGGAGGAAUGGGCCCGGCCAGCGGUGUCCUGGCUGCGUACAAGCAGCAUCGAGGCAGUGUGGACCACGAGAACGUCUUCUUCCCCAAAGGUUUCUCCUCGGAGGUCUACCACAGCAGCUUGGACAUGGAGAGGGAGGCCCUGAAUGCCAGCAUUUCGGAGCUGGAGAAGUUCUUCGAUCGCCUGGGGUUGAACGACGAGGCCUUCCACGAGAUCUACAGUCAGCCGAGGAGACACCACUCGGAGACGGAUGAUGCCUCGGAUGAUUCCAGCACCGUUUUCUUCUCGGAUGUGAGCACCGUGGAUUCGAUGAGAUUGCCGGAUAGUACGGAAACCCAGCCACAGGCCACCCAAGCCUAUCGACCCUCGGAACCUCCAUCGAUUGUGGAGCGGAAUGCCAGGAUCAUCAAGUGGCUGUGCAACUGCAAGAAGAUGCAGUGCACCUGAGGAUCGCCAGGGCAGUGCAGCUGCGGAUUCGGAUUUGGAUUCGGACGCUGAGCCACUGAUUUAUAGAUUCUACUCGACCACCCCGAUUAAAACACGACUGCGGAUUUAUGCAAAAGCAAAACACUGAUCACAGAUGGGUGGUUGGUUCCUUUGGGUUAUAAAAUCGCCAUAAGGAGGAAAAGUAAUCUGGGGUAUAAAUGUUAGCCUACACAUUUUUUUUGGCUCAGCAACAUAAGCCACUAAAACGAUGACAUAUCUUAAUCAUUAAAUAGCUAACAAAAUAUUUGAAGGUUUUAUAGGCCCUACAAAUAUUUUCUGCUUGCUCAAGAUACGCAAUUUAUUUAAAAACCAAUAGAAAAAUCUAACAUUGAAAUUGACAGACACACUUAAUACUUUUUAAAAUUUUUUAACAAAUAUUUUCAUAAUAUCCAAUUUAUAAAGGGAACCCCUUUUUAAAAAUAUAUAACUAAUUAAUAAAAAUAUUGCAAAAUUAAUGAAAAAAUGCCGGUUCAUAACUAGAAAAUCGCUAUUUUGUUGGUUUUUAAAUUAAAAUAUUAAUAUUAUUUGCCAAAAAUUACCCAAAGAGAACUGUUCACCCUAAUGCUUUUUACUCCAAAAGAAUCAGCCACCUGUCCACGGAAAUCCACAAAAACACUGCUCAAAAAGUCAAGUUAAGUCAGUUGAAAGUUUCGAACAUGAUUAGCAUGGUUAGCCUCACCUACCUGUACAAUGGAACUAGGAAUUACGAGCAGGAGUCUCGAUUCGAUUAUGGAUGUGCGUUUCUCCUCUUUUACUGCGCCCGUUCUCGCGCAGUUCAAUUACACCAUUGAUAUUUGUAUUGCCAACGGUAAUGAUAUUGUCUUACGUAUACUAAUCAACUAGCAAGCGAUCGUUCAUAUUACUCUUAUACACAGCGGUAUUAUUAGAUGAAUUAUUGUACAAUUAGUUCUCGUAACUUAUAUAUAUAUAUAAAUAUUAUACAUAUACGACUAGUUGCCAAAACCGAAAACAAAUAAAGUACACGAAACCACUAAAA